CCGGCGGCCGCGCCUGGGGCGCAGAGGAGAGGCUCGGCGCGACCCGAGAAUGCCAGCGGCGGGGCGGUUCGCGGCCGGCGCAGCGCUGUGGCUGCUGCUGGCGGCCGAGGCAGUGGCGGCGAUCGAGCCCAUCUCCACGGCCCUCGUAAUCGGGGUCACGUCCAUCUUCUUAGCCUACCAGCAUCCGACCCUGUACUGCCGCUUCGCCGAGUGCUGCGACGAGAAGCCCCUGAACGCGUCCGCCCUCAAGCUGCAGUUGGAGGAGAAGCUGUUUGGGCAGCACCUGGCCACAGAGGUGAUUCUCAAGGCGCUGACUGGCUUCAAGAGCAACGAAAAUCCCAAGAAACCACUGACUCUUUCCUUACACGGCUGGGCUGGCACAGGCAAGAAUUUUGUGAGCCAAAUUGUGGCUGAAAAUCUUCACUCAAAAGGCCUGAAGAGUAACUUUGUCCACCUGUUUGUGUCGACCCUGCACUUCCCUCAUGAGCACCAGAUAAAAUUGUACCAGGACCAGUUACAGGAGUGGAUUCGGGGUAACGUGAGUGCCUGUGCAGGCUCCGUGUUCAUCUUUGACGAGAUGGACAAGCUGCACCCCGGGAUCAUCGACGCCAUCAAGCCGUUUCUAGACUACUACGAGCAGGUCGGAGGCGUGUCUUACAGGCGGGCUGUCUUCAUCUUUCUCAGCAAUGCAGGCGGGGACCUCAUAACCAAGACGGCCCUUGAGUUUUGGCGGGCAGGAAAAAAGAGGGAAGACAUUCAGCUGAGUGACCUGGAACAUGUGCUGUCUGUCGGAGUCUUCAAUAAUAAGCACAGCGGCCUGUGGCACAGCAGACUGAUAGACAGAAACCUCAUCGAUUACUUUAUUCCCUUUCUGCCCCUGGAGUACACGCAUGUGAAGAUGUGUGUACGGGCAGAGAUGAGGGCCCGUGGCUCUGCUGUAGAUGAAGACGUUGUCACCAGAGUGGCGGAUGAAAUGACAUUUUACCCUAAAGACGAAAAGAUCUACUCAGACAAGGGCUGCAAGACCGUGCAGUCACGGCUGAGUUUUUACUGACCUCUCAUCCGGCCAGGGUAAGAGGCAGCUGGGGGCUCGGCAAGCCGAGGCCUUGCCUUUCAGAAUCACUUUUGAUAGGGGAGCUUGCGUCAAAGAUUUCAGCCUCAGCUGACGGGCUUCGGUGACCAACGCCGUGGAGAGCUGCUGUCCCAGGAGCCGGAAUGCAGAACCCGGAGCAGUUUAGUCUGUGUGGCCCAGGGGUUCUGCAAGGGUUGGAACUGGUGUCCGAGUUCUUGAUAACAGACAAAGCAGCACUAGGAAAAUGGCCUCCAGACCACAACUCUUGAUGAUUAACCUUUUAUCCGAACCGCUUACCGAACCUUUCUUCUCCUUAUAAGAACAGUUGGCUUGCCCUGGCUGGUGUGGCUCAGUGGAUUGAGCACCAGGCAGCAAACUGAGAAGUCACCAGUUCAAUGCCCAGUCAGGGCACAUGCCUGGGUUGCAGGUCCUGUCUCUUGUUGGGAGCAUGCAAGAAGCAUCCAAUCAGACGUUUCCCUCUCUUUCUUCCCUUCUCCUCUCUCUGAUGAUUAAGAAACAAAAUCUUUAAAGUAAAAAGGUUGGUUUGGGGUGAGAUGUUAAGACGGUUUUUGAGGGUGCAUAACCCCCCCCGCCCCGUCUUCUCAGACACUGGCAGCCUGACUGAGGGCGCACAAGGAUUUGGUCCUGUGUCUGCGCAUUGGUUUUGGUGGUGACUGGCAGCGUGAACAGACCAGAUUUCACCUUCUGGCACCCCUGGUGGGACACCUUCACCGCUCCCCAGUAAGUCUGGGUAUUUGGCGGGAGUCCCUUUGGCUGCCUGGACUGGGGGGUCUUGGGUGUGGAUCUGGGGACUCCCUAGCAGCUGCCAGGUGGUUUCAGUCGGGGCCUCUCCUCCGAUUCUCAGCACUCACUGUUGCCUUCACUUGUGAUUGAAUCUCCGUGAUUUCCGGUUUGGGACUGCAGUCCCGGGGUAAUGAAGGUGCCUUCUGGAUUGUGUGACAACUCAAAUAUCACAGGGUUCUGUCUGGUAGACUUAUAUUUACAAGUGGAAAUAUACACUAGAAAUGCUGGAGUUUUCAAGGAUGUGUAUAUUUUUAUAAUGUUUUUACGUAUGAAUCUUAGGGACUACAAAUACAGGAUGUUUCUUAUUUUAAAACAUGGGAAGGACACAGAUGGAAUAAUUGUCUAUUUUAUCAGAAAUUCUGAAAAUAAAUGGUAAAAUGUAUUGUCAAAUGUGUGGUAGUGUGUGUUCGCAAUUAUAGCACAAAGUAGGUCAGUCGGAAGCCGUGGCUGGUCCUGGGUGUCAUCUGGUGAGGACGCCCUCUGCGCAGUGGUAGGCCGGACUGCCCUGGCCACCGGAACGCAGACGGGACUCCAGCCAGUGUGACUCGCGCUCUCGUAGUUGCGAUGGCACUACAGGUACAAUGAGAACAUGCGGCCUUUGUACGUAGAUGUGGUAGGAUGGGUACUUUUAUGAUACGGAAAGCCUUACAGAGGAUCACACUGAGUCCUUUUAAAAAUGCCAGGGUGAGCCCUGGCUGGUGUGGCUCAGUGGACUGAGCACCAGCCUGCAAACCAAAAGGUCACCGGUUCAAUCCCAGUCAGGGCACAUGCCUGGUUGUGGGUUGGGUCCCCGGUUAGGGGUGUGCAGGAACUGACUGACUGAUGUGUUUCUCUUUCUCUCUUCCUUCCUCCUUUCUCUAAGUAAAUAAAAUCUUUUAAAAUAAAUAAUAAAAAAAAUGCCAAGAUGAGCCUUACAUUUUGUAGUACAAACGCACCAAUUGGAGCUAAGUUACAUUUCUUUUAUAACCUUUUGGAUGUCUGAUCAGGAGACAAGAUUUUCUGUUUACAAUGACGCAAUAAACGCCACGCGCGUGGGCCACCUUUGGACCGCCCUUACUGAUCUGUAGCUUGAAAAGUCCACGUUGUCCAUGGCACAGCCCCACCCCCAACCCAACCCACAAGAUACAGACAGGAGCUUGAAUUGA